AUGGAGGAGACAACUGUAAAUAUAGACAUUGUUUGCCCCCGGGCGAAGAGAAAGGAGACAGCAGCAGCAGCAGCAGCAGCAGCAGAGAAGAAGAAAGCAGCAGCAGCAGCAGCAGCAGGAGGAGCAGCAGCAGCAGCAGCAGCAGCAGCAGCAAAUAAAAACCUAACAGGCAGAGAUCUGUUUUCUUAUAAUCCUGAUUUAUUUGUUGAUUGUGAGGGAGCAGCAGAUGAAGAGGACUAUCAGCAGCAGCAGCAAGAAGAAGAAAUACAGGCUGCUGAGGGUGAGGAGGAGGCAGCAACGAGCAGCAGCACGUCACCAGCAGCAAGCCAAACAGAAAAAAGAGAAAUCGAUUUCUCAACAGAAAAAGAAAAAGAAAAAGAAACAAACAACAAACACAACGCUAACCCAAUUAAACCCCAGCUCUUUAUGGAGGACUUGGCACCGGAGUUGGAGGCCCUCGACGACUGA